AUGGACGAGCGGGAGAAGCAGCAGGCGCUGGAGCUCCGGGAUCGCAAUCGCGAGCUGUCCAGCCAGCUUGACCGACUGCUGGUGGACAAGUUCUCGGAGGAUGCCUUGCACGACAAGUCCAAGAUAAGGUACAAGGAGAAAAUCAAAGCCAAGGAUGCAAAGAUCAACUCCUUAGAGACCGCUUUGGAGCGGCUCAGAGAGAAGGCUCGCCACAUUGAAGGCUCCAUGCGCCACGAUGCGCAACAGCUUGCCAUCGAUGUGGCAGUGCUUUCGACAGAACUCCACCACGCUCAGGUGCACGGCUCCUUGCCGGAGGAGAACUCCGGUCUACGAGCCCAGCUGGCACAGGCAAUUGCCUCUGCCGAUGAGAUGAAGAGGUUGCAGCAGGCACAAAACAAGGAAGGGAUCCCCAUGAGUGGCAUUGACACCGGGGAGCCUGGAGUUCGUCCCAUGCCGAAGAUGGAGACGGGACAUGGAACCAGCCACGCAGACGCGAUUGCGUGCUUGCAGAAGAUUUUCGCAAAGAACCACACGGGCUUUGGUUCCGACAUCACCGAUGAGAACAUCGAUCCUGGGAACCUGCAGUAUGGCGAGGUCACCUACCAAGGCAUGCAGCCCUUGUACAGUGCUCUGGACCUGAGGCCAGGCGAUGUCUUUUAUGACCUGGGCUGUGGCGUUGGGAAGCUGGUGCUCUACGUGGCCCUUCGGGGCGACGCACAGCGAUCCGUGGGCCUGGAAGUGGGCCAGCGGCGCUUUCUGCUGGCGGAGGGGGCCCGCUGCUCCCUGGAUGAGGAGCUUGACUCCCUCAAGAAGACGGGCAAGUCCCAGCCCUCUUCGACGGAAUACAAGUUCAUGCUUGCGGACAUUAGCAGGCACCGCUACUUGGAUCCCACGGUCGCAGUCCUCACCAACCUCUGCAUGGACAUGGGCGUCCAAAGCCGCACGGUCAACUGUCUCCUGCGCUGUCCCUCCUUCAGGCGACUGGUGAGCAUCACUCCACUCCUUCAUUCCAGGCUGAAGUUGGUGCGCUCCGUGAUGGUCUCCUGCACCUGGGCCAAGGUCUCGGCAUGGCAGGUGUACGAUGUUCUGCCGCCGCAGGAGCCGCUUGCCCGCUCCUUCCUGACUACACCAGCGGUCAUCAAAAGGUGCACCAGUGCAACGGCCCUGAAGAGGCGUGGCGCACCUUGGCAGCAGGCUUUGUCAAGCAGAGUGCUUUGCGGAUUGCACCUGCGCUCACCAGGACUUAAUGUUGUCACCGGCAAGGCCCGCCAAAAAGGACACGCUACCUCCGCUGGUGAGCUCGGCAAGUUUGCGGCGGGCGGGCGCAAGAAGUUUGCCAGCGACCAGGCGCAGCAUGACUUCUGUGAAGCGGAGCGCUCUGCGCCUGAGCUCCAACUUGGAGCCUGCUACGGAAAUCGUGGUGGAAUCGGAUUGAGCUUGGGCUCUCUAAGAUGUACAGCUGUCCUUCCGUGUUGCACCGACUCUGCAACUCUCCACCACCAGGCAGAUUCGCGACAUCACAAAAUUCGCCUUCUCCUCCGUCGCCGAUCAGCGCAUCAUCUCCGAGCAGCGCAUCAAGGAGCUGGAGGAGCUCCUGGGCAAGAGGGCCGAGGAGAACGAGAAGCUGACGGCCCAGAGUCAGCUGAUUCAGCAGGAGCAGGACCAGGUUCGAUGUGA